UAAUAAAUGGACGAUCAGUUCGACCGAAUAGAAGCGUUGCUGGAGCAUCAUGAGGAUAUUGGGGCAAGGCAGAUUAGUCUGGAACCAGAACAUAUUCCAGAUCAGAAUUUUGUACGGCUUUGUUCGAAUUUUUCUGGUGUAGAGGGGUUUGCCGAUGUGAUUGGACUGCUACUGGAACGAUUCGCCAGCACCGGUACUAAAACAAGCGACCCGAGUACUGUCUACGAAAGAGGAUCCAUUCUAAGAGAGAUCAUCUCAGAAGUAUUGAUGCGCAUAAAUGAUUUCCGGUCACUUGAACAGUUUUUAUGGCUGGUGAAAUUUUCUUGUGGAUUGAGUCUUUUGCACAACGUCCCAGUUGGGUUUGGUUUCGAAACAAACAGGGUAGUUCGAGCUGUGUCCAAUCUGGACACGGAACGCUAUGAGUUCGAUCCAUUGAUGAUUCACACAAUCGCCAAAAACCUUUUCGAAGAUAUCCCGCUCGACGGUAUGAAUCUGAUCCAUGUCAUCAAAAAAUUAGCCAUGCUUAAUCAGAAACUUUUCUACUAUGUUUCGACGGCCCUAAUCUACGCUGGAAUCCGUCUGUACACAUCCGAAAAUGAACAGACACCGAUCAAAAUGUAUCGGCUGCAUACAUUUGCGGAAAUUCUUCUAUUGCUGGAUACAUUGAAAGUGGUUAACCUCCAGCAAAAGGUGGACAUACGUCGGCUGUUUCUGCUACUGAAGUCACUUUCCGUGUAUCAAAAUGCGGUCAUUCUGCGGCACACGGCCGAUAGCCGGCAAGACAUUGACGAACAACAUCGCUGUUUUGCAGAGUUUUUCCGGUUCACGCCAGUUGACAAAAAGGCCUACCUGCAGUGGCUUCGAACAAUGCGGAACAUUGUCAGCAGUAUGAAUAGCAAAUCUGGCCUGCAGAAGAUUGCCGAUAAGCAGGAUUUUCUGUUGGUCAUUGAACUGAUUGAUCUUGACAUGAUACCGCUAAUGGAGGAUGAUAUUGGUGAGGGAAAACAAUUAGUGAUGGCUAAUUUUUAGAAUGUAUGAGCAUUUAAGUAUGUUACUCCUUCCAAAUGUGAUACUCAGUUUUCAAAGUUUUUAUUAUAAUGAAAUAAACCAAUAGAGAUAUAAAGUUGUU